AUGAGGGACUACGCCAACAAGGACUCGCUCAACAACAUCGUGGACUUCCUGCACGCACUCCUGGGCUUCUGCAUGGAGCCCAUCGUCAGUGUUUGUGAGGCAUGUGCCGAGAUCUGUGUGUGUGUGUGUACUGUAUGUUCCCCUACGUCCGGUGGUGUGGGGGUGCCGUGUACUUAUGGUACACGUCCAUGUGUUUGCUGCUGGCCUGAACAUCAUCAACUUGUGUACCACAUCUCUUCUCUUGCAGAGUACGGCAGUGCAGGUGAGAGGUCCAGGAGGGUGAAAAAAAGACCCAUCGAUAAGGCCGGGUUCGGGAACAACUUCACCACGGGGGACAACAAGUCACUGGCCCAGAACAUGGAGGCAGUGGUGGUGGGCUGCAUGUUCAAGUCUCUGAUCACUCGCUGUGCCUCCACCACACACGAGCUGCACAGUCCUGAGAACCUGGGUCUGUACUGUGACAUCCGCCAGCUGGUGCAGUUCAUCAAGGAGUCCCAUGGCAACGUGUUCCGCAGGGUGGCACUGAGCGCGCUCCUGGACUCGGCCGAGAAAGUGGCCACCACCAAGAAGCCAGAGGAGAAGGAGGAGCCUAUCACCAAACCAUCCAGGAGGUCAGAGGCAGGUGUGUCUGGGGAAAAGGGAGGGCAGCCGUCCACCGCUGCAGACGAGUGCCGCAGCUGCAUAUCCAGCCGCCCCCCCCAGACACCAGAGCAUGAUGAACAGAUUCGGGGGGCUCUGCUGGGCAAGAAGGACUUCUGGAGGAAGAUGUUCAAGUCACAGAGUGCUGCCAGCGACACCAGCAGCCUAUCAGAGCAGGACACGUCGGAGUGCACCACCGCCCACUCGGGCACCACCACGGACCGACGCACCCGCUCACGCUCCCGACGCAUCUCCCUGCGCAAGAAGCUCAAGCUGCCCAUCGGUAACUGGCUUAAGCGGUCAUCUCUCUCUGGGCUGACCGACGGGGUGGAGGACUUGUUGGACAUCAGCUCUGUGGACCGACUCUCCUUCAUCCGCCAGAGCUCCAAGGUGAAGUUCACCAGCAACGUGAAGCUGUCAGAGGGCGGCGGGGGAGCGGGGGGCGUGGAGUACGGCCGGGACGAGGAGGAGAAUUUCUUCAAGCGGCUCGGGCCCCAGGGGUUCCAGGAGCGCCUGGCGGCCAGCCAGGAGGCCAUGAAGAACAAGAACGUGGUGAACCUGACGGCCAUCCGCCAGGGCAUGAAACGCUUCCAGUUCCUGUUGAACUGCUGCGAGCCAGGCACCAUCCCUGACGCAUCCAUCCUGGCCGCUGCACUCGACCUGGAAGCUCCCGUGGUUGCCAGAGCCUCCCUGUUCCUGGAGUGCGCCCGCUUCGUCCACCGUUGUAACCGUGGCAACUGGCCCGAGUGGAUGAAGGGUCACCACGUGAACAUCACCAAGCGGGGUCUGUCUCGGGGACGCUCGCCCGUGGUAGGAAACAAGAGGAACCAGAAGCUCCAGUGGAAUGCAGCCAAGCACUUCUGUCAAUGGGGAGAUGCCAUUGGUACGCGUCUCAGUGAGCUGUGCCACUCAGACAGCGAGAGUCCUGCCAACAUCCUGGGUUUUAUCUACGACGAGGAGACCAAGCGAAGAUUGAGAAAGGAGGACGAGGAGGAGGACUACUUAGACGACAAUACAGUCAACCCAACAAAAUGCGGCUGUCCUUUCGCUCUCAAGAUGGCCGCCUGCCAGUUACUGCUGGAGAUCACCACGUUCCUCAGAGAGACAUUCCCCUGCCUCCCCCGGCCACGCACAGAGCCCCAAGUGGAUUUGGAGAGCUGUCGAUUGAGGCUGGACCCUGAGCUGAGUCACCACCGUUAUGAGAGGAAGAUCAGCUUUGCCGGUAUCCUAGACGAUGAGGACGGCCACGACUCUUUGAACAGCAGCAGCCACACACUCAAGUCUGACACGGCCUGCGACGACAAGAAGGCCCAGGAGCCUCUGGCUCCCAUCAGGAAGAGUCGUGCCGGGGGCUCUCGCCUGCUGCAGAUCAAGGGGGCCAGGAGUUUCAGGGUGAAGAAGGGGGGCUCUCUGUCCUCCAUCCGCCGGGCCGGAAGCCUGAAGAGCACCAAGAUGUCCCGCCAAGACUCAGAGUCAGAGAACGAGGAGGGACUGCUGUCCCAGAGCAGGGACACUGUCACUGACAUAGGGUUCAGGAGGCAUGGCGGAGCAGAGGACAACUACCACCGUAACAUGUCCUGGCUACAUAUCAUGAUUCUGCUGUGCAACCAGCAGAGUUUCAUCUGUACCCACGUGGAGUUCUGCCACCCACGCUGCUACCAGCACCACAGCCGCUCCUGUGCCCGCCUGGUGCGUGCCAUCAAGCUGCUCUACGGGGAGACAGUGGACAGCCUGAGAGAAGACAGUGCAGGGAACAUCAGUAGCCGGUCCAAGAAAAACAAGGAGUGGUCAGACAAGUCAAGUCUGAGGACCCCGUCCAUGAAGAGACGCCCCAAAGACUCCAACACCGAGGGCAAGAAGGACACGGGCAUGCUCAAGUACAUCCGCAACCAGGUGAUGAGCCUGUCCCCAGCUCCUCUGUCACUGCUGAUCAAGGCGGCGCCCAUCCUGACAGAGGACAUGUACGCAGACGUCCAGCCUGCAGCCUGGGAGCUCCUGCUGAGUGUGGACGAGCAUAUGGCUGCCGCUGCAGCUGCCAUGUUCUUGCUGUGUGCGGUGAAGGUGCCUGACUCGGUGACAGAGAUGAUGAUGGCUGAGUUCCAGCACGCUGAGGCGAGCCAGCGCAUCAACUCGGUGUUCAAGUUCUACACGCUGUGGCGCUUCCGCUACCAGGUGUGGCCGCGCAUGGAGGAGGGUGCCCAGCAGAUCUUCAAGAUCCCUCCGCCCAGCAUCAACUUCACCCUGCCCUCACCUAUCCUGGGCAUGCCCUGUGUGCCCAUGUUUGACCCGCCCUGGGUACCCUCCAACACUGGCAGCGUCCAAGACCCAAUCAACGAGGACAACUCUAAAUCUUUCUCGGCGCGGGCCGUGUCGCGCUCCCACCAGCGUGCAGAGCAUAUCCUGAAAAACCUGCAGCAGGAGGAGGAGAAGCGGCGUCUUGGGCGCGAGGCCAGCAUCAUCACAGCCAUCCCCGUGGCCCAAGAGGCCUGCUACGAACCCACCUGCAGCCCCCCGCCCGAGCAGGAGGAGGAAGCAGAAGAAGAGGUCAAUCUGGCGUCUCGCCGCAUGUCCGUCACUCCGUCCUGCACCUCCAGUAACUCUCACAGGAACUACUCCUUCCGCCGCGGCUCCGUGUGGUCAGUCCGCUCCGUGGUCAGCGCCGAGGAUGAGGAGAACACUACGGAGCACACGCCCACUCAUCACAUGCUGCAGCCCCCCCAGGCCGUCUUCCCAGCAUGCAUCUGUGCCGCCGUCUUACCCAUAGUGCACCUGAUGGAGGACGGGGAGGUGCGAGAGGACGGUGUGGCAGUGAGUGCAGUGGCCCAGCAGAUCCUGUGGAACUGUCUGAUCGAAGACCCCGCCCUGGUGCUCAGGCACUUCUUGGAGAAGCUCACCGUUAGCAAUCGACAGGACGAGCUGAUGUACAUGCUGAGGAAGCUGUUGAUGAACAUCGGUGACCUUCCAGCCCAGACCUCUCACAUCCUCUUCAACUACCUGGUGGGGCUGAUUAUGUACUUUGUGCGUACUCCGUGUGAGUGGGGUAUGGAUGCCAUCUCGGCCACCCUGACCUUCCUGUGGGAGGUGGUGGGCUACGUGGAGGGGCUCUUCUUCAAGGACCUCAAACAGACCAUGAAGAAGGAGCAGUGUGAGGUCAAGCUGCUGGUCACUGCAUCCAUGCCAGGAACCAAGACCCUGGUAGUGCACGGACAGAAUGAGUGUGACAUUCCUACCCAGUUGCCUGUACAUGAAGACACUCAGUUUGAUGCCUUGCUCAAGGAGUGUUUGGAGUUCUUCAACAUUCCCGAGUCUCGGUCGGCACACUACUUCCUCAUGGACAAGCGCUGGAACCUCAUUCACUAUUCCAAGACCUUUGUGAGGGACAUCUAUCCGUUCAGGAGGUCUGUGUCUCCCCAGCUCAACCUGGUCCACAUGCUGCCAGAGAAAGGACAGGAACUCAUUCAGAAACAGGUGUUUUCCCGUAAACUGGAGGAGGUGGGCCGUGUUCUAUUCCUCAUCUCCCUGACCCAGAACAUGCCGGCCGUCCACAAACAGUCCCAUGUGUCCAUGCUCCAAGAAGACCUGCUCCGCCUGCCCUCCUUCCCCCGCACGGCCAUCGACGGGGAGUUCUCUCUCUUCAGCGAGCCACAGGGCAAGGAGCUCUUUGGCCUGGACACUCUCCACAAAGUCCUGUGGAUCAAACUACUGGAAGAGAUGUUUCUGGGCAUGCCCAGUGAGUACCCGUGGGGGGACGAGAUCAUGCUCUUCCUGAACGUGUUCAACGGUGCCCUGCUGCUGCACCCCGAGGACAGCGCCCUCCUCAGGCAGUACACGGCUACUGCCAUCAACACGGCCGUUCACUUCAACCACCUGUUCUCCCUGAGUGGAUACCAGUGGCUCCUCCCCACCAUGUUGCAGUCCUAUGCUGACUAUGAGAGUAACCCGCUGCUGAGACAGGGGAUAGAGUUCUGCGUCAGACAGUUCUACAUCCUGCACCGUAAACCCUUCAUCCUCCAGCUGUUUGCCAGUGUGGCCCCACUGCUGGAGUUCACAACGUGCACCAGUACAGGCCUGUCUAAGGGGGUGUCUGCUCAGUGCCUGUUUGACCUGCUGGUCUCUCUGGAGGGGGAGACGCGUGAUACCCUGGAUGCCCUGGAGCUGGUCAAGGCUGAAAAACCCCUCCGAUCCCUGGACUUCUGCUAUGGUAGUGAGGACCUGGCCUUCUCCAUCAGUGAGUCCAUCAAGCUGUGUGUGACGGUGGUGGCCUACGCCCCAGAGUCUUUCAGGAGCCUACAGAUGCUGAUGGUGCUGGAGGCCCUGGUGCCGUGUUUUCUCCAGAAGCUGAAGAGCAACACCAUGACCAUGGAGUCAGCCUCGGCAGCGCGGGACGAGAUCGCCGCCAUCGCAGCCCUGGCCACCUCCCUGCAGGCCCUGCUCUAUAGCUCAGAGACCCUCACACGGCCUAUGACUGCCCCCCAGUUGAGUCGCUGUGACCAGGGACACAAAGGUGCAACGACUGCCAACCACGCCAUGUCUGGAGGGCCCAACACCAGUCGCCUUGUGUCCGGCAUCAGGGACAACCUUCACCUGUUGGAGGAGGGCCAGGGGAUGCCUCGCGAGGAGCUGGACGAGCGUAUCGCCCGUGAGGAGUUUCGCCGGCCCCGGGAGUCCCUCCUGAACAUCUGCACUGAGUUCUACAAGCACUGCGGCCCGCGCCUCAAGAUCCUGCAGAACGUGGCCGAACCCCGUGUCACCGCCUUAGAGCUGCUGGACAUCAAAUCCCACAUGAGAUUGGCAGAGAUCGCUCACUCCCUCCUCAAGCUGGCCCCCUACGACAGCCUGACCAUGGAGAGCCGAGGCCUGCGGCGCUACGUCACUGGGAUGCUGCCCAUCACCGAUUGGUCGUCCGAGGCCGUGCGGCCCGCCCUCAUCCUCAUCCUGAAGCGGCUUGACCGCAUGUUCAACAAGAUCCACAAGAUGCCUACGCUCAGGAGACAGGUGGAGUGGGAGGCGGCCAGUAGUCUGAUUGAAGGUAUCUGUCUGACUCUCCAGCGUCAGCCAAUCAUCUCCUUCCUCCCUCACCUCCGCUCCCUCAUCAAUGUCUGUGUCAACCUGGUGAUGGGGGUAGUAGGCCCCUCCAGUGUGGCUGAUGGGCUGCCCCUGCUCCACCUGAGCCCGUAUCUGUCCCCACCUCUACCCUUCAGCACAGCAGUGGUCCGCCUGGUGGCUCUGCAGAUACAGGCUUUGAAGGAUGACUUCCCCCUGAGCCAUGUGAUCUCCCCCUUCACCAAUCAGGAGAGGCGAGAGGGCAUGCUGCUCAACCUGUUGAUUCCAUUCGUGCUGACAGUGGGUUCAGGGAGCAAAGACUCCCCACACCUGGAGCAGCCUGAGGUCUCUCUGCUCCUGCAGACGGUCAUCAACAUCCUCCUCCCCCCGCGCAUCAUCAGCACGUCCCGGACCAAGAACUUCAUGCUGGACACGUCCCCCGCCCACUGCUCCACCCCGGGGGACCAGGGCAAGGACCUGAGGAGAGAGGGCCUGGCCGAGUCCACCAGUCAGGCUGCAUACCUGGCUCUAAAGGUGGUGUUGGUUUGUUUUGAGCGGCAGCUGGGGAACCAGUGGUAUCGCCUCAGCCUGCAGGCCAAGGAGAUGUCUCUGAGGAAGGUGGGAGGCCUGGCCUUCUGGGACUUCAUAGAUUUCAUAGUGCGUACUCGGAUUCCCAUCUUCGUCCUGCUGCGUCCCUUUAUCCAGUGCAAGCUUCUGACCCAGCCAGCUGACUCCCAGGAGGAGAUCACGGCCCGCCACCACAUCGCUGACCAGCUGGAGCGUCGCUUCAUCCCCCGCCCCCUCUGCAAGAGCUCCCUGUUCGCAGAGUUCAACAACGAACUGAAGAUCCUCAAGGAGGCUGUGCACAGUGGCUCUGCGUACCAGGGCAAGACGUCCAUCAGCACAGUGGGCACGUCCACCUCUGCCUACCGCCUGUCGCUGGCCACCAUGUCCCGGUCCAACACGGGCACGGGCACGGUGUGGGAGCAGGAGAGUCAGCCGUCACGCCAGCCCUCUCAGGACACGCUAAGCCGCACCGACGAGGAUGACGAACAGGAGCAGGAAGAGAAUGACUCUAUCAGUAUUCCCAGUGUGGUGAGUGAACAUGAGGUCUUCCUGCCCAGGCUCAUCACCCAGCGACGCUUCUCUAGUCACGCCACGGGCAGCGCCCAGCCUGAACCCAGCACCCGCAGCACCAUGCUGCCCAGCCACAGUGAACCCAAUGUGCUAGAUGAGUCUCAAGGACUGGAAGAGGGUAACCUGUCUAGGGUGGCCAGUGUGCAGAGUGAACCAGGCCAGCAGAACCUCUUGAACCAACCUCCGCUGGGACGCAAUAGAGGACUGAGACAGGUGAGGACGCCCCUGCUGUCUCUUCCGAAGAGUGAGGCGCGAGGACCAGGUCGCUCUGGAGCCCGACUCUCCGCCACCCGCAGGAGCAUCCAGCCCAAGAACAAACCUCUGGAAACUUUAUUGGACUGCGAAGCAACCCACGGGUGGGACCAGAAGAGGGUGGUCACCUUCACAGAGGGCCAGCAGGCUCAGGCAAAGUCCCCCGACCCCGGUGGCGCCAAUGCGCCCCCAGAGGGCAGGAAGGCCAGCCCGGCCCCUCCAAUCGCUCCCCCUGCUGCCCCUGGGGCCUCAUCCUCGGCCACCGUCAAAGCUGACCUCCACAGCCCUGCCAAGAAACAGUUAUCGAUGGAGAGCAAGGAGAAACGAGAACAGUGGGGCCUCCGCAGCAGCCUCUCUCCUCGGCCCUCCAUCUCCCGCGCCUCCACCCCCACCCCACCCUCCUCCUACUCUCCUCUCCCUCCUCCACCUCUCCCCAUCUCCCGCGCCUCCACCCCCACCCCACCCUCCUCCUGCUCUCCUCUCCCUCCUCCACCUCUCCCCAUCUCCCGCGCCUCCACCCCCACCCCACCCUCCUCCUGCUCUCCUCUCCCUCAUCCACCUCUCUCCAUCUCUCGCACCUGUUCUCCCCUCCCCCCUCUGCCGAUCCUGGGGAUCCGACCCCCGCUCCCCCACCCACCUCUUCCAUCCUGGUCCGUCUUCCCAUCAGACCCCGAGAGCCCUGAGGACGAGGACACGACUGCCCUGCUGGGGAGGAACGCAGACACCCUCCUCCACAUUUCAGAGGACAAUGGGGGCACAGAGAACCCCCUGCUCGCCCCCUGCUCUCCCCCCGCCGCUUGCCCGCCCUGGCCCCACACCACUCCCCGCCCUGCCUCCCCGCCGCUCCCCCCUCCCCAUCUCCCCAGUCGACCUGGACCUGGAUGAGUCCCACGUCUGAGAAGCGUCCCUGUAACGUUUCAGUAACGUUUUGUUAACAUUUCAGUAACAAAACUCGUAACGUAACGUUAUAACUAGGGCCAGGAGUUUUUCCCUGACUGAACUUGCGUGACUGCACUA